AUGACUUUACACAGAACUUAUUCUUUAAGAAACUCAAGAGCUCCAACUGCUUCUCAAUUGGCUAGUCCUCCUCCUCCAACUUCCACUACAAAAUCUAAAUUUUUUGGUAAAGCUGGGAUUGCUUCUACAUUUAGAAAGAACACUGCUGGUAAUUUUGGUCCUGAAUUAGCUAGAAAAUUAAGUGCUUUAAUUAAAUUAGAAAAAAAUGUUUUGAGAUCAAUUGAAUUAGUCGCUAGAGAAAGAAGAGAAGUUGCUAAACAAUUAUCCUUAUGGGGUGAAGAUAAUGAUGAUGAUGUUUCUGAUAUUACUGAUAAAUUAGGUGUCUUGAUUUAUGAAAUUGGUGAAUUAGAAGAUCAAUUCAUUGAUAAAUAUGAUCAAUAUAGAAUCACUUUGAAAGGUGUUAGAAAUAUUGAAGCUUCUGUUCAACCUUCAAGAGAUCGUAAACAAAAAAUUACUGAUGAAAUUGCUCAUUUAAAAUAUAAAGAUCCUCAAUCUCCAAAAAUUAAUGUUUUAGAACAAGAAUUAGUUCGUGCUGAAGCUGAAUCUUUAGUUGCUGAAGCUCAAUUAUCAAACAUCACAAGAGAAAAAUUAAAAGUUGCAUUUAAUUAUCAAUUUGAUGCUAUUAGAGAACAAGCUGAAAAAUUUGCCUUAAUUGCAGGUUAUGGUAAAGCUUUAUUAGAAUUAUUAGAUGAUGCUGCUGUUACUCCAGGUGAAACAAGACCAGCUUAUGAUGGUUAUGAAGCUUCAAAACAAAUCAUUAUUGAUGCUGAAAAUGCAUUGGCUUCAUGGACUUUAGAUGCUGCUGCUGUUAAACCUUCUUUAUCUUUACAUCAAACUCAUGAAGAUAUUUAUGAACCUGCUGAUGAAGAAGCUGCUGAAGCUGAAUGGGCUGAAGAACAUGAAGUUGUUGAUGAAGUUGUUGAACCAACAACUGCUGGCACUACAACUCAUUAA